UGAGGAAGCUCUGGACAGAGAAAGUGAAGCCUGAGCUUGGACCAACAAGGAGUCCUUGAAGCUCCUGAUUCAGCUGUCCCAUGCAGAAGCCUCUGGUCAGGGGGCUCUGGAAGGGAGGGGUGGGUCUGGAACCAGCCUGAUUUUGUCCUUUCUGUUCCCUGCAGAAACGCAACAGGGCCAUCACGGCCCGGAGACAGCAUCUGAAGAGUGUGAUGCUCCAGAUUGCUGCCACUGAGCUGGAGAAGGAGGAAAGCCGCCGUGAGACGGAGAAGCAGAACUACCUGUCAGAGCACUGCCCACCCCUGCACAUCCCUGGGUCCAUGUCUGAAGUGCAGGAGCUCUGCAAACAGCUGCAUGCCAAGAUCGAUGCGGCCGAGGAGGAGAAGUACGACAUGGAAAUAAAGGUGCAGAAGAGCUCCAAGGAGCUGGAGGACAUGAACCAGAAGCUGUUUGAUCUGAGGGGCAAAUUCAAGAGGCCCCCUCUGCGGCGGGUGCGCAUGUCCGCCGAUGCCAUGCUGAAGGCGCUGCUGGGCUCCAAGCACAAGGUGUGCAUGGACCUGCGGGCUAACCUGAAGCAGGUCAAGAAGGAGGACACAGAGAAGGAACGAGACCUGCGUGACGUGGGUGACUGGAGGAAGAACAUCGAGGAGAAGUCUGGCAUGGAGGGCCGCAAGAAGAUGUUUGAGUCCGAGUCCUAGGCCUCAGCAUCCAACUCACCCCAGGGUAGCAUCCAACAGCCCAGCCCAGAAGGACCUGGCUUCAUCCCAGUGGUCAAUAAAGAAUUCGAAUCCCA